UUUUAUCACUUGCGCUACUUGACUGCAUUUUUCGUUCAGAAAAACAUGGCAGAUGACGAAGUCAUAGCGAAGCCUGAAACAGGCUUCACUUCAGAUGUGGAAAACAAGGCGCCUGAAGAAGGAAAUCCAAUCCCAGUUUUUUCAGAAGUGAAAAUAGAUAAUAUUCAAUCACCAGAAGGAGUCUUGAGCAGUCCAGAAUAUGGGAAAAGGCGAAGGGUGCAGCAUGACUACCGACGUUUGUCGAGUUCGGGUUACAUGGAGGACAUGUACAAUGACUAUCGGCAACGGUAUUCGAGUACAAGCGACCCAGAGCUUUCCCCGUCGCCCAGCAGGCAGAAACACAGACCUUCAAGUCGGGGAGAUGAACCUGCUGAAGGAAAACCUGUCAUCACUCAAGGAACAACUACCACAUCACCUGCCAGGAUUGUGAAGAAAGAUGGGUUAUGUGAGCUCAAGCUUCAUAUCAAGAAGUCUGACAUCAUCUCUCACAAGCCCAAGAAACACCACAAGCAUCACCGCCAUCAUCGGGGUCAUCAUCACCAUCGUCACCACCACCAUCAAACCCAUCAUCAAAACCAGAAAGAUGGUGCCGACAAUGGGCAUGAAGGAACAGCAGACAUCCCGACCUCGCCUACCCAAGUUUCAUCAUCUCCUUCUCCCUCACCCAUGAAGCAGGCUCCCCAUUCUCAGCCAGAGUCUCCUUUAUUCUUCAAUAAGGUCAAAAGUCCUGAUAGCAAUCAUUCAAAUCAGUUUUUCUUAGACAAAGAAUACAGUGUUGGUGUGUUCGACCAAGAAACCAGUCAGGAAAAGAAGUCAAAUUUUUCAAAGUACAUUCAUAUUGAACAUCAACCAAAUGGUGAUGCUUCUGUCGUUCACGUGUACGCUCAGGAAAUUGCGCAUUUUAAAGACGAUGAGAUGCAGCAGUUUGUUGAGGAAUAUUUUGAAAUUGUCUUCGGGGAAAAGACGGAAGGUGUCACUGAACAUGUGAUGGGGAUAGUGCAUGAUGCAGCCACGUAUAUGCCAGAUUUCAUCGGUUACUUUGCAGCCAAUCACCCACAGACGAUCGUCAAACGUGAGCUAAUGGGCAAGUCUGACAUUGUAUCCACCACCAUGCCUGAGUACUAUGCAGAGGUCCAGAAGACAUACUGUAAUGGCACCUGCAGGUCAGGGCCACUCCUGCAGAUGAGUCUGGUGGGUACUGUCAAUGAGGAGGUGGGGGAUUACUUUGAACACUUUCUUUGCAUCCUAGAGGAGAAUCCAUUCUUGAAGCAUUCCAUGCCUUGGGGUCCUAUGUCUGCAGAGAAGAUGGAGUCCAGGAAAGAGAGUAAUGAUGGACCAAUUCUGUGGGUUCGUCCUGGUGAGCAGCUUGUUCCUCCAGCUGAUUUGCCAAGGUCGCCAAUGAAGAAAAGAAGAACUGGCCUGAAUGAGCUGAAGAACCUUCAAUACCUACCUCGUGUAUCUGAACCUCGGGAAGUAUUGGUAGAGGAUAGGACUCGCUGCCAUGCUGAUCAUGUUGGUCAAGGUUUUGAUAGGGUCACCACGGCUGCUGUAGGAGUCCUAAAAGCAGUACAUGUCAAUGAUUAUGGGGGACCUAACAGAGAAGUGAAAGAUGUGAUUGCAUUCCAUUCGGCUAGUUUUGUUGAUGUCACAGAAGCCAUGCAGCUGGACCUACAUGAACCUCCUGUUUCACAGUGUGUACAGUGGGUGGAAGAUGCCAAGUUGAACCAGUUGAGGAGGCAAGGAAUCCGUUACGCCAGGAUCAGGCUGCGAGAUAACGAUAUCUACUUCAUCCCAAGGAAUGUGGUCCAUCAGUUCAAGACCGUCUCGGCCUGUACAAGCAUCGCAUGGCAUGUCAGGCUCAAGGUCUACUAUCCAGACCUGGAGGAGGAGGAGGAGGAGGAGGAUGAAAGCAGCGACCAGGAAGCUCUAAGACAAGGAGAGAGUCAUCCAGAGAGUGUCGAGGGGUCAGAGGGAAAGACUGAGGACAUGGCAGUUAAGCCAGAGGAAGUGGCAAAGACAAAAGCAACGGUGGAGACGGAAGCAGCAGUGAAGACAGAAGCAGUGGUGAAGCCUGAAGAUGUGCUGAUGAAUAACGUUGAAGACAUGGAUACAAGUGAAGCUGUUCUGGAGAAGGAGGAUGAACGAAAAGAGGACAGAGCACAGGAGGUUGAGAUGGAGCCAAGGGAUGCUCAGAUGGCAAUAGAUGCCAUCCCUGCAGAUCCGGUUUCCAAAGAAGUGGAAUCUCCUCCUCAGGAAGCAAUAAGCGAGAAGAGAAUUCCUGAACCAGAGGUUGACAAGGUCACACGUGAGAGUGAGCCGGUGAUGGACUUGACCACACCCAGCCCUGAGAGUAAGUGAUUGUGUAGUUUACAAGUUUUGAGAAGCACAGUGCAUCUGAUUAAUAGAGAAUAUCUUCCACUUUUUUAGGCCUCCUUUAGCUUCUUGUGAACAUGUUCUAUCUUCAGUGCUUUUUAUUUAAAAUUCCUGAUGAGUGCUAUUUCUUUCAAUGAUAUAUGAUUGGAUAGAUAGAUGGAUAUGUGGAUGGAUGAAUGUCAAUAUUAAUAAUCUUCUCAGGUAUCAUCUACCAAUUACAUGCACAUGAUGUGUCUUUGUACUGUAGAUUGCUGUAAUUCAUAUCCUUUAUUACCAACCAGUGGAUGAUCCUGUAUUUCUUUUGAUGAAUAGGGUUGUGAUGUGAUGUGAUGAUCCUAUUCAGAUGAAAUGGAUUUGAGACUGAGUUAUAUAUGUUUUGAUCUUUUACCCCGUGUGAAGCCCCCUUAAAAUGCUAUCAUUUCAGAACAUUGAUCUUUUACCUUCAUUCACACCUAAAAGCAGCCUGGCAACGUUUUAUUUUAUAAUAUUCCAUGGAAAUGAAAUGCGAUAUCUGCCCUAAAUUUUUUGUUGUUGUUGUUAUAAACUCUCACUCCAUGACCAGGGAGCCCCAAAUUGAACAUACACAGGUGUGUGUAUUCAGUUCUUCAGUAUUUGCAAACUUUUUUGUAAAACCAUGUUCACUAUUAAAGUUCAGUCAUGUCACAUUUGAGCUUGAACGUUGAUUUAAAUUCUAAAGUUUACAAUACAUGUAGUAGCGCUGUUUAAUUUGUAAAUUGUCCAUGACUUAUCAGGUAAUGACAUGUAUAUCCACAUUUUCUAAGUAUUUCAUAGUCUGUUCUUGCCUCCUAGUUUGGUCACUUUCUUGACCAAAUCCAUGGUGAAUCAUGCAGAUGGGCUUCACAGAACAUUUUCAGAAACAACAUUUUUCAGAAAUUUCACUGAAAUUUGCUGAAAAUGUUCCAGAUCUCUAUGAGUUGAAAGUGAAGAUGGCAUCUUUAUUCAAGUUUGCUUGCAUAUAAUAUGUGUAUUUUUAAAUUGAUCUCUGGCCCAUGAUAUGAUUUACAUGUAACAGCAAUCAUUAAGCUUUGGCUAACUUGAAUUUAAAAUGAUAGAAAUGGUCAUUGAUACCAUAAAUGAAAACAUGAGAGGCUUUUUAAAGUUGAAAUAAAGAGCAGAGAAAGCCAUUCACUGUUUUAUUAAGGCACUUGUAUUCUUUUCUUUCUUUUUUGUUGUUUAAAAAGGAGAUUUUGAAACUAUUCAAGAAAUUACAUUGAACAUUUGUACUGAAGGUGGCACUUUAUUUAAAAGAAGAAUUAUGGAAAAGAAAUUGAUGUCCAAGUAAUUUUUGUAACAGGAAACUAGAUACAAUAGGAAUUCCUUGAACUCGUAUUAGAAAUUAAAUUAUUUAUUAUUCAUAUUGUGCAGUGGUGUUCAUUGUUUACAUUUCUACCAUAUUUAUUAUAAUAUUUGCAUUUUAUUUGUUUGUAAAUUAUUAUCUUUUGAAUCGUACUAUCAUGGAGGACAAACCUAUUUAAUAAAAUCCAAAUGUCGCUGAAUGUGCUUGCAGCUUUAGGCUAUGAUUCUAUUGUGGCUUUGGGUGCUACUAAUUGUUAUGAUAAUUUUAUUUUUCAAGAUUGAGAAGAGAAAUAGAAAUUCAUGAUGGUUUAAAACAAUUAGGAGAAUUCUCCUUAUUUGAACAGUCUAAUUAAAAUUAUCAUUUGCUGAUUUGAGAUUCACAUAGAUUUGCUGACCACAUCUUCAAAAUUAAAAAAUGAGAUUAAAACCCUAUGGUAAUUGAUCUGUUGCUUUCUUAAACACUAUGUACUGUACAUUUAAAUUAAAAGAUCGCAACAUGCCCGUCACCUAUUGUAAAGUGCGAACAUAACAGUAAGGUAUUACGGUACAUAAUCCAGACAUGGCUUUCCUGGGACAUACAAUAGGGAAUUGAAAUCGCCCUUGAGCCGAUUGAAAGAAUAGUUGUGAUUUUGAUGUACUACACUUUACGUACAUGUACAUGUAGACAUACCCUUUCCGUUAUUUGAAAUUAUCUCUAUGUACAUGUUCAUGUACUGUACAUGUAUGCUGUGAUGAAGCACUAAAUCCAUCAUAAUUCAAUUUAGUAGGACUUCAUUUCCCCUAUCAAAAAAUAUUAAUAGAAAAUAAAACCAAUAUCUAUCAAAAAUAUAUAUGUAUAAAGAAACCCAAAAUUUCAUGCUUAAGUUAGUGUUUAGGGGCCCUUUUCCAGGUAGCUGUCAAUUGUUCUUGUAAAGGCAGUAAGUCGGAAGUAGCCCCUAUACUCUUUUGUCAUGUUGCUUAUUUCCUCUUAGGCCUCAGUGUUGUACAAUGUACAUGCAACAGUGAACAAUUGGUAAAUUAGUGUUGUGUAUGAUUCAUUUAAUUAAGAGUGUUGAAGUCUGAGUAAUACAGAUGUUUGCAUGCUGUGUUCUUGCAAUUCUCUGUAGGGGUUACAUCCUAUAAGCCUCUUCAAUGCCUUUCAUUUCAGCUUUUCUCUAAUUAAUCAAUGGAAAUAAGCUUUUAAAUUCAAUCCUUAUUUUGACGGUUUUUUGACCCGCUUGAGUUGGUAUUGAAAGAGGGGGGGGGGGGGGAAUUCAUUAUUUCCACGAUUGCAGCAUACAUGAAGAUGCAAGCAUAUUAAAGUACUGUAAUACUUGCUUAGCAAAGCAAUGUAUUAGUACAUGUAACAUGUAGUCCUAAAACCUUCUUUGAUUAUUUGAUUUUAAAGUAUUGUGAUGUUUAGAUUAAAAAAACUGUUACAAAUGAAUAUAUUUUGUAUUCAAGUAUCAAUUUUUGUUGACAUGUUAUCUUUAUUUUCUAUAGGUGCACUUGUAGUCUUGCAGCCACCAUGUGUAAAAUUGCAUGGUUGCUCUGAGGAUGUAGUUCAUACAUAUAUACAUGUACAUGUGUGCAUACUACAUGUACAUGUACAUAUAAUACAUCCUGCAAAUUUGUUAUUUAUUGGGAAAUUCCCUUGAGCCCAUUUCUGGCAGUAUUUAUUUGUGUUCAAUGUUAUUUCAGCUGUGAUACAUGCAUUUGCACAUCAAUCUCUAUACAUGAAUUUGACUGAUAUAUUUAUUGGCAUUUUUUGUAAUUUAUAAUAUAUUUCCACUAUGCCUAUUGAGUAAAAAAUGCGUCUUAUAUGGUACAUGUAGAAACAGUAAAAUGCUAUACUGCCUUUCCACGACAAAACAGCAUACUGGUACCUAUAUGUACAGUACAUGUAACUGACAUUUUUGUGUUUCUGAGACAGAAGAAACGUGCAUUUCAUUUUGCUGUUAACAGUGUUUUAAUGUUUUUAUUCAGUGUUGACUUAUCACAAUAGGUAAUUACA